AUGAGUUCAGAAGGUAAGGCGGUAGAAAGGAUUAUUAAUACUAGCUCUGUCGAAGCUGAGCUUGACCUCGCAUUUCAGAAGCAGUGGUCAAACAUUUAUCAACAAGCCAUCGAAGAUGGGAGCGAUAAUAUUCUUACAGACUCUAUUGAUCAAUUGACAAAAAAAUACUUGCAGUUUUCAGAGAAUUAUCCUAAUCAAAACUUCGUUGACUUGUCACUAGGCAAGUUGCACGUUCUCGACUUCGUCGGGGCACUCAAUUUGACAUAUCCAGCCAGUCAUUUACGGUACGAAAACGGCUGGACCCUAGCGGAGACAUUUGAUAGGAACCUAAGAGGGUUUUAUGUGGACGAAAAACUGGCUAGAGAGAUUCUGAGAGCGGCAAAUCACUCUAAUUGGUCUCAUAAAGAAAUCUGGAUAGCUGUAUAUAAAUUUGUAGGUGUGGCCCACUACAGAGAGAUGGUAGAAAGAGGAGAAAAAGAUUACACAAUAAGAUUGUCUGAGAUUCCUUCGUGGGAUAAUACUUCACCGUCGCAAAAGAGUCCAUCAGCCAUAACUAGUGGAUUGGAUGAACUUACUCCUGUUGAUGUUUUCUUCCAUGAGAAGGAUAUAGAGAAAGAGCUGAGUACAGCACGAUUGUCCAACGAUAGCUCUAUUCAAACUGCAGUCUCACCGAAAAUACACAAACAGUCCCAAUUUGGGGAAGAAACGGAAUAUAAAUUCAACAGACUUCUGUACAGGGAAACUGGAAUAUGCUCCAGAGGAGAAACACUCUGGGAAAUCACCGGUCCUGCAAACAAAAGCUACCUAUUGCGAGAUUUAUGGCAGGACGAAGAAGAAGUACACAAGGAGUUAGAGCUUUCCGUGAAGGCAAAGACUUCCAGAGUGCUGAGCCUGGCUGGUGUUCUCUAUAGUGAGACAGUAGUAUCACUAGAGAAAAACAGGGUUGAUUCCACUUGGUUCAAUAUAAGAGACGAGCUUUCAAUCCCACUGACACAGAGAAAGUUAGUAAAUAUCGACAACGAAGAUGGCAUGGUCGUCCACCAAGUCAAAAAACCGUCAAUAUCGCUAGAAAAUGUAUGCGAAUAUCACAUGCCUAGAAAUCCUAUUCACUUCAGGCAAUUGUUCGAAUUUAUGAAACCUUUGAGUCAAGCGACUGCCAUUGAAGGUAUUUAUUACGGGUUCAGGGAUGCCAUAAAGGGGCAUCAGGGCCUCUGUCAAAAAGCAAGCAUAUUGCACCGGAAUAUAACUCCGAGAAACAUCAUGUUAUCGCAAGAUGAAAAGACCGGAUACUUAUUUGGAUUGAAUGGCGCACUUGAAUUUCAGGCGUUCAACGGAGCAAGCAAGAAUUGGGAAUGGGGCUAUAUUUGCCAAAGAGCUUUUGUUGCUAUGGAAUUACUACACACCAAGGUCUUUGUAGAGCACAAUUUUUAUCACGACCUGGAGUCCUUUUUUUGGUGCUUCCUAUGGGAAUCAUUCCAUAAUGACGGACCUCAAAGACCCCGACGAGAGUGUAUUGAGUUAGACUGUUGGAACACUAUGAAUUGUAAAGAUUUACGGCGUGAAAAACUGGCGAUUGCCAGCAAUGAAGAGUUUUUUGAAGAGUUAACAGCUAGUAAAGUUACUAGCUUUUUCGUUCCUGCCCUCCCUUAUCUUCGGAAACUGCGCAGAGUGGUCUUUAUAGAGUCACCAAGUUACUAUGACCCAAUGCUUUACAACUGGAUGAUCCAGGUGUUUGAUGAUGCUAUAAAAAGUUCCUCCAGUACUGGAACGCAGCAUGUAGAUCACCAGUACAGCUAG